CCAAUUGGUGCUUUUGUGUUGGAUUUCGAGUAGCACGACGCCGGCUCAUUAUUUUAACCAUUUUUUACCUAAAAAAUCCGAUAAAAACUAUCAGCCUCGUGAGAUUUUUUCAAAAAGUUCUGUUUUGUACUGAAUUAUGGACUCGAAAGUGUGAGAGGAUUAUUAUUCAUGGUUGUGGACACGCUGGAGUCUUGAAAUUUAAAAAUCAUGGGAAGCAAAAGAAAGCCAGUGGACACCCAGGUACCCGCCGAGGAGAGUGACCUCCUCUCGAUAAAGCCCCUGGGUGCAGGUCAGGAAGUGGGUAGAUCCUGCAUUAUGCUGGAGUUCAAAGGAAAGAAAAUAAUGCUGGACUGCGGUAUCCACCCAGGUCUCUCUGGAAUGGAUGCCCUUCCUUUUGUCGAUCUCGUCGAGGCGGACGAGAUCGAUCUCCUCCUCAUCUCCCAUUUUCACCUGGACCACUGUGGAGCCCUCCCCUGGUUCCUCCAGAAGACGAGUUUCAAAGGGAGAUGCUUCAUGACUCACGCUACCAAAGCCAUCUACCGCUGGCUCCUCUCUGACUACAUCAAGGUCUCCAACAUCGCGACAGAACAGAUGCUGUACACUGAGUCUGACCUUGAGGCCAGCAUGGACAAGAUAGAGACGAUAAAUUUUCACGAGGAGAAGGACGUUUUUGGAAUUAAAUUCUGGGCGUACAAUGCUGGACACGUACUGGGGGCUGCCAUGUUUAUGAUUGAAAUUGCAGGUGUCAAGAUCCUCUACACCGGAGACUUCAGCCGCCAAGAGGACCGCCAUCUGAUGGCCGCCGAGAUUCCCAACGUCCACCCAGACGUCUUGAUAACCGAAUCCACCUACGGUACACACAUCCACGAGAAGCGAGAAGACCGCGAGCGAAGGUUCACGAACCUAGUCCACGAGAUAGUGAACCGUGGUGGCAGGUGCCUCAUCCCAGUGUUCGCUCUGGGUCGAGCCCAGGAGCUCCUCCUGAUCCUGGACGAGUACUGGAGCCAGCACCCAGAGCUUCACGAGAUUCCCAUCUAUUACGCCUCCUCCCUAGCCAAAAAAUGCAUGGCUGUCUACCAGACGUACGUCAACGCCAUGAACGAUAAGAUCAGAAGGCAGAUAGCAAUCAACAAUCCUUUUGUCUUCAAACACAUCUCAAACUUGAAGGGAAUCGAUCACUUCGACGACAUUGGGCCCUGCGUGGUGAUGGCAUCGCCAGGAAUGAUGCAGAGUGGACUGUCUCGUGAGCUAUUCGAGUCCUGGUGCACAGACGCCAAGAAUGGAGUUAUCAUCGCUGGAUACUGCGUCGAGGGUACCCUAGCCAAGACAAUUCUCUCCGAACCCGAGGAAAUAGCGACAAUGAGCGGACAGAAACUCCCUCUGAAGAUGUCUGUCGACUACAUAUCCUUCUCAGCGCACACUGACUAUCAGCAGACAUCAGAGUUCAUCAGGAUUCUGAAGCCACCUCAUGUCGUUCUUGUUCAUGGUGAACAGAACGAGAUGGGAAGGCUGAAGGCUGCACUGCAGAGGGAGUAUCAGGACGAUCCUAGUACGACUAUGGAGAUCCACAAUCCUAGGAAUACAGUUGCUGUGGAGUUGUAUUUCAGGGGAGAGAAGACUGCCAAAGUCAUGGGAACGCUUGCCAUGGAGACUUCUAAACCUGGGGAGAUUCUCUCUGGUGUUCUUGUCAAGAGGAACUUCAAUCACCAUCAAUUGGCGCCCUCUGAUCUGUCAAAGUACACGGACAUGACGACUAGUCACGUUGUGCAGAGGCAGAGCAUGCAUUUCAGCGCUUCACUGCCGGUUUUGAAGCACCUCCUGGGACAGAUUGCUGGGAAUUUGGAGUACGUGGAUGACAAGAAGAUGAGGCUUUUUAAUAAUGUUGAUGUUACGAUUGAUGGGAAGAUUGUGACGAUGGAGUGGAUUGCUACUCCGGUGAAUGACAUGUAUGCGGAUUCUGUUUUUACGGCUCUGCUACAGGCAGAGUUGAUGGAGAACCCUCCGAAGACACUGCCACCACCCACGAAAAUGGACAGGAUGCAUUUCAAGACUUGUUUGAUUGAGAUGCUUCAGGAGAUGUUCGGGGAGGACUCGGUUCCCAAGAUCUUCAAGGGAGAGCAGCUUUAUGUCACUGUUGAUGGGAAGAAGGCGCAUAUCGAUCUGCUGGGGCUCGAUGUGACCUGUCAGGAGGAUGAGGUCUUUCAGCAGAUCGUGCAGACUGCGGUUUCCAAACUGCAUCAGUCACUUGCGUCCCCUUGCGAGACUAUUUGAGGGAGCAGAGGAGAUGAUGCUGAAGAUGAUGAUGGAGGUGUUGAGGAAGAGCUGGAGAUUUUUAUAAAUGUCGGAUAAGAUUGAUUCAUUGUAGUUUUAAGGUGUACAAUUAUGUGGAUUAUUAAAAUGAUGAGUUUGGGAUGA